CUCAAAUACACAGUCACAACAGCAGGAGUGAUCUCACCUCCUCUCCACCCCUUCCAUCCACCGCUGCUGCCAGCCUCCCAAAACGCGUCUCCGUGAGCCGUACCGGUGUAAAGACACGGUAAGGUAUUACUGCGAAUUCACGGUGGAUUUCCCCUGACCAGGACCACUACUGAGCCGCAGAGCCGACCAUGGAAGAACUUACGGCAUUCGUGUCGAAAUCUUUCGAUCAGAAAAGCAAGGAGAGCAGCAAAGAGAGUAUCACGUACAGGGAAGUUUUGGAGAGCGGCUUGACGAGGGCGAGGGAGCUGGGCAGCCCGGAGACGAACCUGCAGGACAUAACGGAGGGCAGCCACUGCCCGGUGCAUCUGUUCAAGGACCACGUCGAGCUGGAGAAGGAGAAGCUCAAGGAGUUUAACGUUUCGAGGGCGACGGAGGGGAUUUACGAGUGCAAGGAGAAAAAGGAAGACGUGAAAUCCGAGGACGAGGACGCGCAGGGCAAACUGAAGCAGCGGAGGAGUCGCACAAACUUCACCUUGGAGCAGCUCAACGAGCUGGAGCGGCUCUUCGACGAGACGCACUACCCGGACGCCUUCAUGAGAGAGGAGCUGAGCCAGCGGCUGGGGCUGUCCGAGGCCCGCGUGCAGGUUUGGUUUCAGAACAGAAGAGCAAAAUGUCGAAAACAAGAAAAUCAGAUGCACAAAGACAUCUUUCCCUUCUCCCCAGGUGUUAUUCUGGGCAGCGGCAGUCACCUUGAAGCUUGCAGAGUAGCACCCUAUGUCAAUAUGGGCGCCCUCCGGAUGCCCUUCCAACAGGUCCAAGCCCAGCUCCAGUUGGACGGCGUCACCCACUCCCACCCCCACCUGCACCCACACCUGGCUGCUCACGCUCCCUACCUGAUGUUCCCGCCCCCUCCCUUCGGACUACCUAUCGCGUCUCUCGCCGACUCGGCCUCGGCGGCGGCGGCGGUGGCGGCAGCUGCCAAAAGCAACAGCAAGAACUCGAGCAUCGCCGACCUGCGACUCAAGGCAGGACUUCUGCGGGGCCAGUGGCUCAGUCCACUCCAGGCACAGAUCACAUCCCAAGGACCAUACAAACACAUGUGGAUGUCUGUCUGAGGGCCGGCCCGGGGCCCGUCAGACCAGAAGACGUUAGAACAAAGCUAACAGGCAGGGGCCAAAAAGCUGAGGCUCUCUGACGCUGGCUGCCGCCAUGUUGACAAUGCGAAUGGUUGAGCAGUGGGAGGGAGGGAGGGAGGGGGGAGGGGGGGUUCAGAACCCACGCACCAUCUCACCGAGGCAUUGGACUGGCUCUCACCUUUACACCCCUCCUCUUUGCCCACCCCUCGCUAGAAAAAGGAAGAAAAAAGAUUUCUUAAAAAAAAAGGCCAUAUUUGUCUCCAACCACUGUGUUCCCUGCUGCCGCCGAGUGCAUGAGCUCUAAUGGAGGACGGUUGUGGGACUGGCCUCCGUCCACACCUGACACAAAACGCUCCGCAACUGUUUUCACACUGCCACUCGAGGCAAAGCCGCCCCGCCCGCCCCCAAACGCCGACAAAGCUAACGGACUCCACGCUCCGGACUAAAACACGGGCAGCAGCCGCGCUGCUCGGCUGCAGAGGGCGGAGGCCUCGUUCUGUAGCUGGGCGUCAGGCGGCGCGUGGCGUGCGUCGCAUCGCGUCACGUCGCUGCUCGCCGCCGCCCGUCUUUAUUCUUUCCGUUUCCUUGUGUUGUUUCUUCCCGGGUAAAGAAGUGAACGUGGCCGUUGCACUUCAGGUCUUGUAUGUGGGCGUUCACACAUGGCACUACAAGCAGAUACUACUUUACUAAUUAAAUCGGGGGGGAGGGGUUUGAUAUUGUCACGUGUUCCACAAAAAGGACAUCACCUUGGAUAAAGGGUAUAAAUGAGUUUUCUCCUUUCUUUUUUCCUUCUUAUUCUCAAAAUAUGAAGAAAGCAUCAGUCAGACUGAAAUGCAAUGGUGUGCAGUUUAAGUGCAAUACUGUAAAUAGCAAAAAAGUAAAAACAGUUAGCAGUUAAUCCUCAACGAUAAAGACCCACCGAGUUCCUGUUGUUUGUCAUGCACUGUUGGAGAGUUGAAUGACCUUAAACACACCAGUUUUUCUAAAGCAGUGUCAACCAGGUGCCAUAACCAGCGUGUUCACCCAGUUUGUAUCAGGUACAGUUACUGUACAGGUUGAGGAAAACAUGAGCACAUUGUUCCGCAAGCUGCAGAAAUGAGGACAAAUUAAACCAAACUACAGUAAAAUCCAGUUGGGUUUUUUGGAAAGUGUCCAUAAAAUCAACCAAUCAGCAUUUAGUCCAAACCAAGCAGUUGUUUACAAUAUGAUUGGCUUAAUUCUGCAUGUGAUAUGUGACAUUUCAUUAUUCAUUUCCAAAUAAUUCAGACUGUAUUUUACUGAUUGUUCCAGACAAAACAGAACAUUUGGGUUGUUUUGGAGUUCAAAGAUUAUUUUGACAACUUUCUAAACACUGCUGUCAAAGCUGCGCUACAUGUAGAUCCGUGUAAGGUUUACGUACCUCGAACAGCCUCCAAACAGCAUUUUUCUCUAACAGACCUCCAUUUAGAAUUGUUUAUGUCUCCAUUUUAAAUUAAACAUAUGGGUGUUUUAUUUAUUAUUUUGUCUGAAAGUCUAUGAAAGAUGAAAUAGUUGAACUACAAGUGUACAUUUUUACAUGGCUUUGCAUUUAUUUUUGUAUGUUUUUUUAAGUGUUGAAUUUGAAUUAGGAGGUGUGGCUGUAGUGCAUUGUUUGCCUAAAAAAAUGUAGCGUGUCCGCGUUUACAAACAUUUCAGGGAUGGUUGAAUCCAACAAUACUCCAUGGAAUUUGUUGUACCCAUUAAAAAUGAUCAUCAUUUCAUAUGCAAGCAUGCCUAAACAUGAAUCAUCGUACGGUUUGUUUUCCCCUUUUGAAUUCACAAAAUAUGAAUGUACAUCUUGUACAAGUAAACUAUCAAUAAAGUUAUAAAUAUUUGUA